UGUCAUCUUCCACAGCUUUUUCGAUUAUUUUUAUAUAUGCACAGUUGAAAACACGGACACCCCACCAAAAAAAAACGAAUAAAUUUCGUGGCUUUUGGUUUCUUGUGCUCGUUUUUGUCUCUGUGAAGGAGAUAAUUUUUCUGGGUUCCUCAUGUUCAUUGGCCCGUGUAUAUAUUCCCCUGUAUUGGAUUGGGUGUCUCCAUAGAAAGGACUCGAGAGAAACACAUUCGUUUAGGUCUGGUCAUUCAAAGAUAAUUUAUUUAGUCUAAAUUCGGAGCCCGAGGAUGCCUGGAAUUGUAUUGGAUGGAACCAGCGGAGAAGAAGUAGUGAGCGAACUUGAUAACGGAAACUCCGCACCUUAUAAGGAAAGUCCGGUCGCUAAUACAUCCCCAAAGAGCACCGUCAGUCAGCAAAGCCAUCACGGUGCCCGUCUUGAGAUCCCCGUUGACGGAGUGGUGGACACCUCCAUCGAGAAGCUUUAUGCAAACGUGUAUGAAAUGCAGAGUUCUGAUCAGUCUCCUUCUAGACAGAGCUUUGAGUCCGAGGGGGAUGAGUCUAGGAUCGACUCGGAGCUGCGCCAUCUUGUUGGUGGUGAAAUGAGGGAGGUGGAGAUAAUGGAAGAGGACGAGGUCGAGAAACCGGCGGACGACAAUCACAGCGAUGCCGCUUCCAAGAAGGAUAGUCCGGCUUCCAGUAAGAAGUCAGGGAAGCUCGAGAAGGCCGGAUCCCCAAGUACGAAAUCCCUUUCUUCUGGACAAUCCAAGAAAGCUUCUCAGUCUCGGAUGGAAUCAGAAGCGACAUCGAGACCAUCUCCUAAGACCAAGAGUCCUUCUGAGAAACCUCCUAUUGAUAGAAGGAAUGACAAGAACGCGAAAAAACCAAAUGCAAAUGUUGCCUCUGGGAAGAAGCAAAAGAAUCUAUCUCCAGUGGGGCCAAAGGUGCAGAAUGGAACUUCAAAUUCAUCUGAAUCUGGAUUGGGUAAUCCUGAUUUAGGGCCAUUUUUGCUGAAGCAAGCAAGGGAUUUGGUUUCUUCUGGGGAUAAUCCCCAGAAAGCUCUCGAGUUGGCACUCCGAGCAGCAAAGUCAUUUGAAUUAUGUGCAAAUGGCAAACCCAGCUUAGAGCUGGUUAUGUGUUUACAUGUUACUGCCGCAAUAUACUGCAGCUUAGGCCAGUACAGUGAGGCGAUUCCUGUUCUUGAGCAGGCAAUUGAGAUACCUGUUGUUGAGGAAGGUCAAGACCAUGCUCUUGCAAAGUUCGCAGGCCACAUGCAGCUGGGUGAUACCUAUGCAAUGUUGGGGCAGCUUGAGAAUUCAAUAAGGUGCUAUACGACGGGGUUGGAGGUCCAGAAACAGGUGCUGGGUGAAGGGGAUCUUAGAGUUGGCGAGACUUGUCGGUAUCUGGCCGAAGCUCAUGUUCAAGCGUUGCAGUUUGAUGAGGCUCAGCAGUUUUGUCAGAUGGCCCUCGACUUUCAUCGCGAGAAUGGUUCCCCUGCUUCUCUCGAGGAAGCGGCAGAUCGGAGGCUUAUGGGCCUCAUAUGUGAAACCAAGGGGGAUCAUGAAGCUGCUCUUGAACAUCUGGUGUUAGCUAGCAUGGCCAUGGUCGCAAAUGGCCAGGAAGUGGAGGUGGCUUCUGUUGAUGUCAGUAUUGGUGACUCGUACUUGUCUCUGUCUAGAUAUGAUGAGGCUGUGUUUGCUUAUCAGAAAGCUCUGACAGUUUUCAAGACCGCCAAAGGAGAGAACCAUCCUUCUGUAGCUUCGGUGUUUGUUCGUUUGGCUGAGUUAUAUAACAAGACGGGGAAGUUUAGAGAAGCAAAGUCAUACUGUGAAAAUGCUCUAAGGAUUUACGAGAAGCCUGUGCACGGGAUACCUCCUGAGGAAUUUGCUACUGGUCUCACUGAUGUAUCUGCCAUAUAUGAGUCAAUGAACGAAUUGGAGGAAGCAAUUAAAUUGCUUGAGAAGGCACUUAAGAUCUAUAAUGAUGCCCCGGGUCAGCAAAGCACAGUAGCUGGGAUUGAAGCCCAGAUGGGGGUCAUGUAUUACAUGCUGGGGAAUUAUUCUGAUUCGUACGCAUCAUUUAACAACGCCAUAAUGAAACUUCGUGCAAGCGGGGAGAGGAAGUCUGCCUUUUUUGGUAUUGCUCUUAAUCAGAUGGGGCUGGCUUGUGUGCAGCGUUAUGCAAUAAAUGAGGCUGCCGAAUUGUUCGAAGAAGCCAAGAACAUUUUAGAAGAAGAAUACGGGCCUUAUCAUCCUGAUACGCUCGGUGUGUAUAGCAAUCUUGCGGGCACUUAUGAUGCAAUCGGCAGGUUGGAUGACGCGAUAAAGAUCCUGGAGUAUGUUGUUGAGAUGAGAGAAGAAAAGCUCGGGACAGCGAACCCUGAUGUUGAUGAUGAGAAGAGGAGGUUGGCCGAGUUACUGAAAGAAGCGGGCAGGGUUCGGAGCAGAAAAGGCAGAUCCUUGGAGAACCUUCUUGAUGCUAAUGCUCAGAAUGUAAAUAGCAAUGGCAUUAAGGUAUGACAGCGAUGGUCACCGAUGCAGAAUGAACAUAUGUAUCAUAGGUCUUACUUAAAGAAACAGAGAAAGAGUUGGUGAACAAAAAGAGAUGAACAGGAGGCCAUUGGUGUUGGUGUAAUAAUCUUUUCUGGCACAUGCAAUACAGGGCGGGAGUUCCUUUCCAUUUGUUUGUUUAUAUUGUUACAAUGAUUGUAUUACCUUCUGGAAGAAAUCGGUUACUUUGUCGUAAUUUAUUCAACAGGUUUGAGGAUAUUUAUUCCCAGUUUCCCUCACAUUGUUGUACUGGGAUGAGUUUUAUCCCAAAGGUAUAUGAUACAUCAAUAGCUGCAUCAUAUGGAUGUCGGCAGUUUGUGCGUUC